AUGGUGCAUCACAAUUGCGCCAAUUCUACCUCAUCGUCUUCCUCUUCUGAGUCGUCUGCGGGAUCUUCUGCUAGAUCGGAAGUGAGUACCCACCUGAGCACACCGCCACCCCGGAUAUCCGGGAAACGUGGAAGAGACGUGUUAGAUGCGUCUGAUAAGAAUGGACGCAAGUCUAAAAAGGCCAGCCCAGUUAGAGCCGAAAAGAAGGCCGAAAAAACACAACGGAGAUCACGCACUAAAGUCCUUACGCCGCGGGAGCAGUGCAUCCACGUUGCACGUUGGAUCCCACGCAGACUUGAUAUGUUCUGCGAUCUCAAGCAGACGAUCCAGGUAAGUCUACUUUUGGAGCAAGAAGAAGAAGCCGAGGCCGAGGACGGAGAUGAAGCGGAAGAAGAACACAUCAAGGCUGCCCGCAGUAAGAUCCUGGACGCCUGUGACGAUAUCACUCGUGCACAGUACAAGCGGACGUUCGAAUACGUCAUGGAACACGCCCCUUAUCUUGGGACUCUGAUUGGAAGGAGAAAAAAACGCGAGGAGCUCGCGCAACUCAUUGGCAAGAUGCAAAAUAUGAUUAACCAUACGCGCUCUGAGGACGCAAGUCGUCUCAAGUCUCGCAUGGGCUCAUACGCCGCUCCAAACCCGGACAAAGAGCUUAUCUGUCCGCCCAUCACUGACGACAGCAAGAGCCGCGCUCUAAUGGGUUUUAAUCACGCCCAGCUGGGCAAAUUACUUUGUCCGGUUAAGUAUCUGGUCGACUACAUCGAGGAUCCACAUGGGAUGAAGAACAAGUUCGAUAGCGCGUCCUUAAAGGUGACCGCUGCCUUAUGGCCCGCCUUUCUCUAUCCAGGCAACACUGCGGGCGAAGAUUUUGACCCGGAAGACAUUAUUGAAGGGCUUUUUCGCGGAUAUCUUUUGGAGCGGGUUAUCAAACAUAUCUUCACCUCUCCGUCAUCUGCGCUCAAGGCUGGCGUCUCUAGUGGAACUCGCGCUUGCAAUGCAAAGCUCCAUGGGAUGAAAGAAGUUGGGGCCGAGCAUAUCGCGUAUGCCGCGGUUCAGGCUCGCUUUGCUAUUAGCUCGCUUGAAAAAUGGAAAGACCACGAUGGUCUUUUCUAUUACACUAACUUCUAUACUAGGAUUGUAAAUCUUAUUCGAGGGAGGAAGGACGAGGGGUGGGUCAACUCCCUGCUAGGACAUUAUAACGAGAAACUGUUCGGCAAUGAAAAUGGCGCCAAGCCUUGUCAUUCUCCGAACAUAGAGUGUUCCGAGGACGACGAUAUGAUUGCAAUGGAACGGCAACUCGCCGCACGUGCUUCCAGAUCCUCAGACAAAUCAUCUGCACCAUCUUCGGCACUCGAUAAUCAACAAGAGUCACAUGGCAAGUCCGUCCCUCCCCCUGAUAGUUUGCCUCCAUAUCCUCCGUUAGCCACCUCGUCUCCUCAAGAGUCAGCGUGCUUCCCUACCCCCGAUCCUCAAGAGCCGGUGCGCUUCCCUACCCCCAAUCCUCCUGUCGACUCGCGCAAGGCGCAAGAAGUCUUACCUGCACGCCCCCCUACUCCCAAUCCUCCUGAUAACUCACACAAGCGCAAGCAAGUCUCCGCAUCAGCCCUUUUCGAUGAUAACAGCCCUCUUACUGAAGAAGAUGAAGAGAUCACUCGACCUACUAAGCGCAAACGAAAGAAUGCUGCUGUUCCACCGAAGAAGACUCCGAAACGCAAGGCAAAGAAAUAG